AUGUCACCGUACAAGUUGGUGUUUGGAAAGGCAUGCCACCUCCCAAUUGAGCUAGAGCAUAAAGCACUUUGGGCAUUGCGGCAGUUGAACUUAGACAUGGAGACAACAGGUACUAAUAGAGUCACUGGAUUACAUGAGCUCGAGGAAUUCAGGUUCCAGGCUUUUGAGAGACCCUUCAGAGUGGUGCAAAUGUUCUUAAGUGGAGCUGUUGAGAUUGAAUCAGAAGAUGGGACAAAUAAGUUCACAGUAAAUGGGAAAAGGCUGAAACAUUACCUUAGAAUGGCUGAAGAAAAAAGGGAUAAAGUGGUAAUCACUUUGGAAGAGCCCCAGUAUGCGAAUGAGGAGUGA